GGACGGGCGGCGGCAGCCCAGAAAGUGAGGAGGGAGCUGCGCUGCAGUGUACUAGCACUCCAAGCCGCGGGUUCCUCCUCGUCUCGUCGUUCACCGCCAAAUCUGUCACUGAAAUGCACGUGGACGCGUUUUUUCGCCCAGACAGUCGCUACCUCUGACUCGUGGACGCAGUGUCGCGGCCGUGCACUUGAGGACAUUCCUGCUGUCGUGAGGAGAAUCAAUCAGUAAGAAACAAAAUGACAGGGGUGACAGUACGUGCUGCGCUUUCAGCGGUCAAGUAUCAACGACAACAUCAUGUCAAUCUCUGCGGUAAUAUUUUUUCAAUUGCACCAAAGGCUGCAUUCACAGUGUCAACACGACCCUGUUUAGGAGUGAGUCUAUUUCCCCCUACAAGGAGUUUCUCAUCUCAAGAAGUAACAAAAAAUCUUCGUCUAAUGACUCCAGAAGAUGUGAAACCAAAGGUGGAUAAAAAGUCUCUAGCUGUAGAAAUAAGAAACGAUCGUCCACUUGUAGUAUUUUUAGAAUGGAUGGCGGCUCACAAGAAUCACGUAAAAAAAUUUACUGAUCUCUAUUUGGGCAGUGGCUACGAUGUUCUUGUAGCUCCUCUCACACCAUCUCAGCUUCUGUUCCCAAGAAGUGGCAGCCAGGUGCUGGCUGCAGAGGUGGUUCAGUUCCUGGCCAUCAACAGCCAGUACUCACGUAUUCUGGUGCACGGAUUCUCCAUAGGGGGAUACGUUUGGGGCGAAGUACUGUUGCUCCUCUCUCGAGACUCAUCAAGAUAUUCAUCUGUCAUCCAGCGAGUUCAUGGACAAGUUUGGGACUCGGUUGUUGGGAUGGAAUCAAUCAUACAGGGAUUUCCUCUGGCAAUUUUUCCCAGCAACUUCUUACUACGGACUGCAUUUUCUAAAUACCUAGGACUCCAUCUGUGGAUGUUCAGAAACGUUGCAACCAAGCACUAUGAAGCAAGUAGUGCCAUGUUUCAUGACCCACCAGUGAAAGCCCCUGCAUUGGUGCUAGCAUCUCGGAAUGACCCCAUAUGUUCCUUCAAGGAAAUGAUGGAGGUUGUCGAUGGAUGGCGAGAGCAGAAUGUCAAAAUAACAAUGAAGAUUUGGGAUGAUUCCCCGCAUGUUGGUCACAUGCGGAAGUAUAGAAAAGAAUACAUUGAAGAGCUUAACAGCUUUCUGCAUGGUCUGAAUCUGCCUGUAGUACAUGACAAAGAUGCUGACAAAAUAACAUCGAAACUUUAAAUUUUAAGUUAAAUGCUUACCACCUCAAGAGCGAAGUUCGCAAAAUUUUGUAGAAAUUUGCACCGGUUAAGAUUGCCUACUUCAGGAUCGUUUAACCAAACAUAGCUUUUUGUUUUAUCUGAGUUUGGUGAUGCCUUGUCAAUUUAAUUUUAAUCUGAACUUGCCACACUUGGUACAAAUAAUUAAGAUUUGAUUGUCAUAAAAAUUUCAACUGCACCGCAAUGCAACAUUUCUUAUCUUAAUGUUGUACUUGCAUAUUAUGAUGUAGGAUUAAUGAAAUAUGGAUUCAAGGGGGGAAUUGAGACCCACCAACAAAAGUCAAGACAAGUUUAACGAAGAGGGAACUUAAUAAUUUUUCAGCUUGAAUGCAAGUCCAUUCUUAAGGUCAAAAUCCAUUUCCUUUCUACAGAAAAGGAUGAUUGAUGUGAUAUUAGUUUGUUUCAAUUUAUGGAAGUCUAAGCAUAGGAGAUUGAUAAGGAUCUCAUAAUAACUGCUUGUCCUUCUGUUGAAACUGGAUCUUAUGAGUAACAAAUGCAUGUGUUGUUCUUUAGCAUAUUGUCAGUAACCUUGAUGAUAAGAGAAAAUGGGCUGUCUCAUGGCCUGGAAUCUAUAUACUUGGGACCAUGUUAUCAGUUUUCCAGGUUUCUUUAAAUUAGGAAAGUUAAAAAUAAAUAUUAUGAUUUUUAAAAGUCAAGUGAUAAUUGCCAGUCAAUUUGGAAUUUCGAUUAUUUAUAACAACAGAAAAUAUUGUCUGACAUACUGAGAAGUUUUCCCCCUGCAUGUACUUAGUUGUUAUGUCUCAUAUGUAGCUACAUUGUACACACAGAAAUGUGAGGAACAGUAACCAGUACCAAGAAAACUCUUUGUUCAGAAUACAUCCUGAAGUUCGUUAGCUCCUCAGGACCAAUUAGACAUAAUAAAGUUAUGCUAGGGAUUGAACCAUUCAAUACAGCAUGUUUCUAUUUGUGUUUAAUUUUCGUUUUUUAAGAAAAAUAAAACUUUUUCUAAUCUGAA